AUGGCUUCAGUCUUGAUCACAGGUGCAUCUCGCGGCUUCGAGCUUGCGCUCCUUGCUGCUGCCUCAGCAGGACGAGUCUUAGUCGUUCAACUCGACGUGACAGACGAGGUGUCUGUCCGCAAGGCUGCGGCGGAUGUUGAGACACAGCUUGACGGGAAGGGACUAGACAUCUUGAUCAACAAUGCCGGCAUCUGCCAGUACGUCAGCGAUGGGGUGAAAUCGAUGGAUAAUCUCGCGGAAAGCUUGACGAUAAACGUCCUCGGUGUCCACUACGUGACGCAGGCUUUUCUACCACUUCUGCAACGCGGUUCCCUCAAGAAAGUUGCGAACAUCACCAUCUCUCUCGCCUCCAUCACCCUAGCUCGCGCGUCCCACGACGUCCCCGCCCCGGCAUACAAGAUCUCCAAGUCUGCCCUGCACGCGCUCACCGUCCAGUAUGCUCUGGACCACGAGAAAGAUGGCUUCGCCUUUGUGGCCAUUGCCCCUGGUUGGACGAAAACCGAUCUCGGCGGCGGCGACAUCGCCGACCUGACGCCUGAGCAGGGGGCCAAGGCAUCGUUGAAUAUUCUGUUCCGACCGAAUGGCGAGAUCAACGGGCAGUUUCCCAAGGUGUUGGUCCCCGGGUGGGAGCAUGCUACGGGUCGGAAUAUCUACGAUGGGACUAUGGUUCCAUGGUUGUGA